AUGGAGAAGUUACUGACAAGGACGACAGUGACCUCGAUGAAGAUGGAAACAGGUGACUCGGUGCUGCUGGAUUCCCCCCGGAGAAGAAAGGAGAAGAACGCAUACACCCCUCUCAGUCGACAAACAAAGCCCACAAAGAAGACCAUCACCACCUGGCCUGAGGACGCCCUCCCCCGACUACAGGACUGCUUCGAAAAUACACAGUGGGAAGCCUUCUAUCACGAAGACCUGGAAAUAUUCACAGAUGCAGUACUGUCCUACAUCAAGUACUGUAUUGGGAAUGUCACUGUUGAAAAGAGGAUCUGGGUGUUCCCAAACCAGAAACCCUGGAUGACGCGCCAGGUCCGUAUGCUCCUCCGGGCCCGUGACUCAGCCUUCAGGUCAGGCGACAGAGCAUUGUACAGCGCCGCUCGUGCCAACCUGAAGAGAGGCAUUAGGACUGCCAAAGGUGAAUAUAAGAGGAGGAUAGAGGAACAUCUAAACAAUCCAAGGCAAGUGUGGCGGGGCAUACAGACCAUCACCAACUACAAAGGCUGUGCUGUGACACCCGGGAACUUGGAUGCGGGACUUGCAGAGGAGCUGAACAGCUUCUAUGCCCGCUUUGAGGAAGAAGGGGGCCUAAAGGACGAGCAGACAACACCUUUAGAACCUGGAAAGUCAAGUUUGAUGAGGACCCAGCUGUCCCCACCCAUACCAGUGCCAGACUUCUGA